UGGGGGCGGGACCUGUUGCUCCGGGUGACGGAAGUACGGCGUCAUUAGGUUUAGCGGGCUUUUCGGAAAUCUGUGGCGCGGCGAGGCGGAGUACCUUGAUGAGAGCAAAAAUGGAACAGAAAAUUUUAUCUCUCGCAGCAGAAAGAACAGCUGACAAACUGCAGGAAUUUCUUCAAACUCUAAAGGAAGAUGAUUUGACUGAUCAUCUGAAGAAUCAAGCAGUGAAAGGAAGAGCUGUUGGAGCACUUCUGAGAGCCAUCUUUAAAGGUUCUCCCUGCUCUGAGGAAGCUGGCACCUUUAGGAGACAUAAGGUGUAUUCCUGUUGUAUUCAGUUGCUGGAAUCAGGAGAUUUACCAAAAGAAGUAGCAUCUGAGAUCGUAGGAUUACUAAUGCUGGAGGCUCACCAUUUUCCAGGAUCAGUAUUGGUUGAAUUGGCCAAUGAGUUUGUUGGUGCUGUCAAAGAGGGCACUUUAGUGACUGGAAAAUCUUUGGAGUUAUUACCCAUCAUUCUCACUGCCUUGGCUACAAAAAAGGAAAAUCUGGCUUAUGGAAAAGGUGAACUGAAUGGGGAAGAAUGUAAGAAGCAGUUGAUUAACACCCUCUGUUCUAGCAGGUGGAAUCAGCAAUAUAUAAUCCAACUGACCUCUAUGUUCAAGGAUGUCCCUCUGACAGCAGAAGAGGUGGAAAUUGUGGUGGAAAAAGUGCUGAGGAUUUUCUCUAAGUUGAAUCUUCAAGAAAUACCACCUUUGGUCUAUCAGCUUCUGGUUGUCUCUUCAAAGGGAAGCAGAAAGAAUGUUUUGGAAGGAAUCAUAGCUUUCUUCAAUGAACUGGAUAAGCAGCACAAUGAAGAACAUAGUGAUGAUAAGCUGCUGGAUCUUGUUACUGUGCCAUCAAGUGAACUUCGUCAUGUGGAAGGCACCAUUAUUCUACACAUUGUGUUUGCCAUUAAACUGGACUGUGAACUAGGCAGAGAACUCCUGAAACACUUAAAGGCUGGACAGCAAGGAGAUUCCAAUAACUUAUGUCCCUUCAGCAUUGCUCUUCUUCUGUCUGUAACAAGAAUACAAAGAUUUGAGGAACAGGUGUUUGAUCUUUUAAAAACUGCCAUUGUGAAAAGCUUUAAGGAUCUUCAGCUACUCCAAGGCUCAAAAUUUCUUCAGAAUCUAGUCCCUCAUAGAGCCUGUGUUUCAACCAUGAUCUUGGAAGUGAUAAAAAAUAGUGUUCAUAGCUGGGAUCAUGUUACUCAGGGCCUGGUAGAACUUGGUUUCAUUUUAAUGGAUUCAUAUGGACCAAAGAAGAUUCUUGAUGGAAAAAUUAUUGAAACCAGCUCUGGUCUUUCUAGAACGUCAAACCAAAAUGCAUGUAAGCUGGGAGCUAGAAUACUGUUGGAAACUUUUAAGAUUCAUGAGAUGAUCAGACAAGAAAUUUUGGAGCAAGUCUUCAACAGAGUUGUUACCAGAGCAUCUUCUCCCAUCAGUCAUUUCUUAGACCUGCUUUCAGAUAUCAUCACAUGUGCACCCUUAGUUCUUCAGAAUUGUUCUUCUAAAGUCACAGAAACCUUUGACUAUUUGUCCUUUCUGCCUCUUCAGACUGUACAGGGGCUGCUUAAGGCAGUGCAGCCCCUUCUCAAAGUCAGCAUGUCAAUGAGGGAUUCCUUGAUACUUGUCCUUCGGAAAGCUAUGUUUGCCAGCCAGCUUGAUGCUCGAAAAUCUGCAGCUGCUGGGUUUUUGCUGCUCCUGAAGAACUUUAAAGUUUUAGGCAGCUUGUCAUCCUCUCAGUGCAGUCAGUCUAUCGGUGUUAGUCAGGUUUCUGUGGAAGUUCACAGCCGUUAUAAUUCUGUUGCCAAUGAAACUUUUUGCCUUGAGAUCAUAGAUAGUUUGAAGAGAUGCCUUGGCCAGCAGGCUGAUGUUCGACUCAUGCUUUAUGAGGGGUUCUAUGAUGUUCUUCGAAGGAAUUCUCAGCUGGCUAGUUCAAUCAUGCAGACUCUGCUCUCACAGUUAAAACAAUUUUAUGAGCCAAAACCUGAUCUGCUGCCUCCUCUGAAAUUAGAAGCUUGUGUUCUGACCCAAGGAGAUCAGAUUUCUCUACAAGAACCACUGGAUUGUCUGCUGUGUUACAUUCAGCAUUGUUUGUCCUGGUAUAAGAGCAGAGUGAUGCCUCUACACCAGGGAGAUGAGGAGGAAGAAGAGGGAUUGUACCAAGACUUAGAUGAUAUGUUGGAAUCUAUUACUAAUAGAAUGAUUAAGAGUGAGCUAGAAGACUUUGAACUGGAUAAAUCAGCAGAUUUUUCUCAGAGCACUAGUAUUGGCAUCAAAAAUAAUAUCUGUGCAUCUCUUGUAAUGGGAGUUUGUGAGGUUCUAAUAGAAUAUAAUUUCUCCGUAAGUAAUUUCAGUAAGAAUAAGUUUGAGGAGGUUCUGAGCUUAUUUAUGUGUUACAAGAAACUGUCUGAUGUACUCAGCGAAAAAGCUGGCAAAGGCAGAACUAAAAUGGCCAACAAAAUGAGUGAUAGUUUAUUGUCCAUGAAAUUUGUAUCAGAUCUUCUCACUGCUCUCUUCAGGGAUAGUACCCAAAGCCAUGAAGAAAGCCUGUCUGUUCUCAGGUCUAGUACUGAAUUUAUGCGCUACGCAGUGAACGUAGCUCUGCAGAAGGUACAACAGCUAAAGGAAUUGGGACAUGUGAGUGGCCCUGAUGGCCAAAACCCAGACAAGAUCUUUCAGAACCUUUGUGACAUAACACGAGUCUUGCUAUGGAGAUACACUUCAGUUCCUACUUCAGUAGAAGAGUCUGGAAAGAAAGAGAAAGGAAAGAGUAUCUCACUGCUGUGCUUGGAGGGUUUACAGAAAAUAUUCAGUGCUGUGCAGCAGUUCUAUCAGCACAAGAUUCCACUCUUUCUCAGAGCUUUGGAUGGCGCAGAUAAAGAAGGAGAGGAGGAAGGAGAUGCAGGUCUCAGUGUCACUCAAAGGGCAUCAUUCCAGAUCCGGCAGUUUCAGAGGUCCUUGUUGAAUUUGCUUAGCAGCCAAGAGGAAGAUUUCAAUAGCAAAGAAGCCAUUCUACUAGUCACUGUCCUGUCCAGCUUGUCCAAGCUACUGGAGCCCUCCUCUCCUCAGUUUGUGCAGAUGUUAUCCUGGACAUCAAAGAUUUGCAAGGAAAACAACCUGGAGGAUGCCUCAUUUUGCAAGAGCUUGAUGAACUUGCUCUUCAGCCUGCAUGUUCUGUAUAAGAGUCCUGUCACCCUUCUGCGUGACUUGUCUCAGGAUAUCCACGGGCAGCUGGGAGACAUUGACCAGGAUAUAGAGGUAGAGAAAACAAACCACUUUGCAAUGGUGAAUUUAAGAACAGCUGCCCCCACUGUCUGUUUGCUUGUUCUGAGUCAGGCUGAGAAGGUCCUGGAAGAAGUGGACUGGCUGAUCACCAAGCUUAAGAGACAAGUGAGCCCUCAAGAACCCCUAUCAGAAGAGGCCUCUUCUCAGGCAACCCCACCGAAUGAUCCCACUGAGAAAGCCAUCAUCGUGCAACUGGGAACUUUGCUUACGUUUUUCCAUGAACUGGUGCAGACGGCCUUGCCGUCAGGCAGCUGUGUGGACACCUUGUUAAAGGACCUGUGUAAAAUGUACACCACCCUUACAGCACUUGUCAGAUAUUAUUUUCAGGUGUGUCGGAGCUCCAGAGGAAUUCCAAAAAAUAUGGAAAAGCUGGUGAAGCUGUCUGGCUCUCAUCUGACCCCACUGUGUUAUUCCUUCAUUUCUUAUGUACAGAACAAGAGUAAUGGCCUGACAUGUACAGGGGAGAAGAAAAAGAAGACUGCUGCUGUUAGCACAGCCAUGGCCAGAGUUCUUCGGGAAACCAAGCCAAUCCCUAACCUCAUCUUUGCCAUUGAACAGUAUGAAAAAUUUCUCAUCCACCUUUCUAAGAGAUCCAAGGUGAACCUGAUGCAGCACAUGAAGCUUAGCACUUCAAGAGACUUCAAGAUCAAAGGGAACAUUCUGGACAUGGUUCUCAGAGAGGACGAGGAAGAUGAAGAUGAGGAGGUCAGUGUCUGCUUCUGCCCAGAGCACAGGCACUGCAUCGGAGCAUGGGAGGCAGAACAAAGAACCAGCCAAGAAGAAACAGAAAAAAGAAAUGAAAUGCCUGAGUUAAUUAGUGUGAACUUUGGGGUUUCUGCUUCCUUUUCACGCAAGAAGCAACAGUGCACCUUGUCCUACAUCCCACACUGAAGUUGGUAUCUUGGUUUGAAGCCCAUGGAACACAUAACUGCACCUUCACUGAGAAGCAGUCUUCUUGGCGGGUCCUGAUACUGAAAAACAGCUGGCCUUAGGCAAGUCCUUUUGCAAAGAGUACAGCUGAAAGCCUGAGUUUGGGAACCGGCACCACCCCCACUGAAGCUCCACAGGAGCAAGCACAGAG